GCUGCAGUCAUGAGCCGGCCCAGCCGACUGCAGAGGCAAGUUCUGAGCUUGUACCGCGAGCUGCUGCGCGCCGGACGCGGGAAGCCGGGCGCCGAGGCGCGGGUGCGGGCCGAGUUCCGGCAGAACGCCAGCCUGCCGCGCUCCGACGUGCUGCGCAUCGAGUACCUGUACCGCCGCGGGCGCCGCCAGCUCCAGCUGCUGCGCUCCAGCCACGCCACCGCCUUGGGCGCCUUCGUCCGCCUGCGAGACCCGACGGAGGACCCCCGCGGCAUGGGGACCUCGCCUGACGACGAUAAGCGUCGGAGGGGCGCACUGGACGGCCCGGGAGCUCCGGAAAACCCGUCCAAUAGAAGAAAGAAGAUAGCCGUUUAUACAGCAGGAGGCGGGCUCUCAUCAGAUACCAAAUCUUGGACUUUCAGUCUCCAAAACUAUGCCCAACACUGUUCCAGAAUCAUCACCUCAUGCCACCUGUGGAGGCCAGAUUCUGAGAACUCCAGAUCUCCAUCCACUGGCCAUGUGGAAGCCUCUGCCUGAACAUCUCAAGAGGCGACAGGGCCCAGGGCUGGCUACC